AUGAGUACGCACACGGCGCUUUUAGUUGUCUACGGAAUUGUGACGAUACACGCAAUCAUUACUCUCCUGGGAUGGCUCCGAGGCCUCCGCACGCAUUGGCGCAGCUUCAAUCCAAAGAAAUGGAUCUGGAAGAACAGAUAUGUCUCCUUCCAAGAGUUUCACGCUGCUUUCGACCGAGGCGACAUCAUGUUUGCCGCCACUAUCGUAGCAGCCACUUUGCAGCUUUCUCACCCAAAAAUAUCGCAGGUUCUUCAAGCCCACAGCACCUACAGGUCAGACUAUUGGCGAAGAGUCAUUAGAACCGUUGCAUUUAUUUACAUCGUGGUUCGAUCAAACAGUUCAGAAAGGCAGCAGGUCAUCGCGUGGCUUCAGAAUCUGCAUCAUCCCAUUUCCUUAUUCAAGUUCGAACAUAACGUCAUUAUAUUCGCCACCUUUGCGUUUGCGCUGGUCAAUACACAUCGACUUUUGAGAGAUGUGACUCAGGAUGAGGCAGAUGCUAUUGUCUGGGGCGUUAUGAACUUAUCCGACAAGCUGGACCCAAAUGAUCUUGGACGAGAUUACCCAAAGACAUUGGGAGAAGUGGAGAGGUUUUUGGGACAAAGACUGUCGUUUGACACCACCGAACUAUUGAAGAUUCAUUCAGAAAGCUCGAACCUCAGCAGCAUUCGGAAUGAGAUAAAGAAACAGGGUGUCCGAAAGUCAUUGCAACGUCCUGUGACCUUGAUGCGCUGGGCGCUCUUCAAUCUAUUCGUCCGUCGGCUUUCGAAAAGAGUCCUGGCUGGACCGUCUCAAAAAUGCAAUAUUCUGGAGCGAGGUUUCUGGUGGAUGACCCGAAAGCUCAACAUCCUAUUCUCAACCUUCCAUUACAGCCUGUGCCCGCGAACGCUCACUUUCGAUGGCACCAUGGAUCUUCUACUCAAGGGCAGCCCAAGAAUGGAGAAUACUCUGGUAGAGUUGCAUAGCGAGAUAUUCGGAAGCAAGGAUGGUCGCCAUGCUAUCAGUGGACAAGGUCAUCAUGCGGAUCUUGAAGCCCAUCUACCGAGCAUGGAUGUUGAUCAGCGUAUUUUACCUGAAAUGCCUGGGUUUAGAGAAGAGGCUAAGGAGCUUGUUAACUGUGCUUUCUAUCGUGGUGAGCUCGCGGAUGCAAUCAGCAAACCACAACAUUUGGGUAUCAUAAUGGACGGAAACCGUCGCUACUCAAGGAGCCAUGGCCUUGGAAGUGUGUUACUUGGCCACCAAGCUGGUGCUCACAAGCUAAUACAAGUCAUGUCAUGGGUAUUCAGCUCGGGUAUAACAAAUCUCACAGUCUGGGCUUUGUCGGACGACAACUUAAAGAGAGGUCCGCAGGAGCUGGAUCCACUGUUCAAAAUGAUGGCAGAGUAUAUUCAAGAGACAAUCCUGAACGAAGCACCUUUCUCUAUCCCCGCGGUUCGUUUUCGAGUGGUCGGUGAUAGAUCCAUCCUUCCGACGUACCUGAAAAGCAGAAUCGAAGAGGCUGAGGCGGCCACCAGUCGUAACACCAAGUUCAAUCUUCAACUCGCCAUAGGCUAUGGUGGCAGAUCUGAGAUCAUCCUUGCCACCAAGUUAGCAGCUGCGGCCAAGGGACUUGAAGGUAUUACUGAAGGAGACAUUUCCGACCGGAUUUACUCAUCAUGUCUUGGCCUGCCACGGAUUGAUGCAAUCUUAAGAACAAGUGGGGAGAACCGACUGAGCGGCUUCGCUUUGUGGGAGUCACAGCAUGCCGAGUUUACGAUUGUGAAGGCGAGUUGGCCAGCAUUGAGGCAAUCAACAUUCCUUCGGGCAUUGUUGGAUUUAUCUACGCGCAAUCGAAGGCUCGGCGCUUAA